GUUAUACUCCUUCUACAUCACCAGCAAAUGGAGUAGUAGAUCGCUGCUGAACAACGCGUUCUAGAAAGCCUAACUCCCGCGAAACAAGAUGCGAUCGACCCAUUUGUUGCUGAUUGCUGUUUCAUUAACUGCCAUCUUUCCAGUAAAAUGUGAUUUUGGGCAAGCGAUCGUCAAUGAAGCCGUUGACUUGUUCGCGGCGAAUUCGGGCGAGGAUGAGAGAGACCCGCGCUCGAUGGAGGACCUACUCCACUGGGCAAUAGCCAAUAGCGACCCUGGAAAGCUAGCGGCUCAAGCCGAAGAGGCACAGCGCAUCCAGAUGGUUAAAGACUUAAAAGAGCAGCGACGGCGGGUGAAGGAGUUGCUGGAUCACGUAAGGUCGCAACCAACGGAGACCGACAUGUUGAAGGAGGGCAUUGCGAUCCUGCGCCGGCCGGCUGCCUCCGAAACCGAGCUGCUGGCGGCGCUGCAGACGUUGCAGGUGCUGGUUGAGCCCAUUGACAAUGCAAACGAUCUACAACCCUUGGGUGGGAUUGCACCGGUAGUGACCCAGUUGACCCAUGGGUCACCCGAGGUCGCAGCCGCCGCAGCCCACGUGCUGGGUACCGCCGCCUCCAACAACCCCACCUUCCAGCGGCAACUGCUGUCGGACCACCCCGGCAUUGUGUCCACCUUACUCCAGGUGUCCCAGUCGGCCCAGGAGGAGAGCGCCGUCAAGGGGAUGUACGCGGUGGCGGCCCUGGUUCGCAACACGCAGGAGGCUCGCAGGGCCUUUGUGGAUGCAGGUGGCUUCUCGCACCUUGAGCUGUUGCUGCGAGGCGGGUUGGUGGCCCCGCGUGUGAAGCGGAAGGCGCUCAGCCUCUUCAUGGACUUGGUGGACACACAGCCCGCAGGGACAACAGCGGGAGGGGCAGCAGGAGGAGCAGCAGCAGCAGCAACAGGGACGGCGGCGGGUGUUGAUACACUUGGAGUUGCGGAGGGUGUGGCCUUUGGGAGUGGCAGCCGCCUGGAGAAGGAGGAUGCAGGCAUGCAGCACUUCAGUACUAUCCGGCUGGGAGGGCAGGAUGGGAGUGGCGAGGAGGCACCCACACAACACAUGUCUGCGGGUGACGGGGGCGACAGCACCGGCGACAGCGCCCUCGCUUUCGCCGCCAUCCAGACGGGUCUCCCUGAGGCCGUGGUGUCACUUCUGGCCCAGCCCGACCCCGACAUGCAGGAGAAGGCGUUGCUGGUGUUGCAGCGGCUCGCGGGGGAGCCUGUGGCGCUGCAGGUGCUGCGGGCGAACGGAGCAGGAGAGGCGCUACAGCAGCUGCAGCAGCAGCUCCGAGCCGAGGCCCCGGGACCCCAGGACGAGCCGGAUCCCUACCAUGACUACCUGGUCGACCUGUCGCGUCAAGUUGCAGCGCUGAUGGCAACAACGACGACGACGAGAGGCGCUCCUGCUGCAGCUGCAGCAGCUCCGUUUGAAGGUUCGGGCGCUGCUGCUUCUCCACCAUCUUCAGCCGGUUAUGACCAUACGUCGAGACGGCGUGGGUCAAGUGGGGAGGAGUCUGGGGUGUCUGCGGCAGCAGCAGCAGCGGGCUCAGAAC